AUGGACGAAGAAGAGCGCGAGGACGCAAGUGCAGUUGAAGCAACCCUCAAAAAAGCAAAAAAAAAGAAGAAAGUAAAAAAUAAGAAAUCUGAGAAGAAGCCAAGUGAUAUUGUGAGCUGCAUAGCUUUUUUGCCCAGGAACAAGAAGAAGCUCGCGAAAACGACCAACCUAGCGACAGCGACCACUGUGAAAAACGCAAACGAAAAAAAAAAAAAAAAAAAAAAAAAAGGAGAAGAAUCAGACUCGUAUGAUGCACUCCAAAAUGUUUUUAACGACGAGAAGGAAAACGAAAAAGUUAUAAGCGAAGACAAUAUCAUAGAAGAAGAUAAAAAAUAUAUUUUUGAAGAUGAGCUAAGUGUAGAAAAAGGAGAUGCAUUAAUCCUGAAUGGAAAAAUAUACACUGACGUUGGUACUUUGGAAGUGCAUAUUGUUAAUUAUGACGAAGACAUUUUUAACAUUUAUGAUGACGUCAUUAUUGAUGACUACCCCUUAUGCUUGGAAGUGAUAGGAGAUUCCUAUUACAGAAACAGAAACAUCGUGGCCGUGGGUACCAUGAAGAAGGAAAUUGGACUGUGGGAUAUUAACAAUAUUGAGACGUUGGAGGCGCUCAGCUAUUUGGGCGGCACGGAGAAGAGGUCCGCGAAAGGGGGAAGCCGCAAAAAGAAAAAGCGGCGCAAGGAAGGGGGAGAGGCUGAUGUAGGAGAAGAAAUAGCCCCUGCGGAGGAGGCCACACAGGGAGAAUGCGAAACACGGAUGGCAGGGGAAAAAAGAAAGCAAGGCAAAAACAAACUACAAGGACAUACCGAAUGCGUCACGUGCCUCAAUGCGUCAAAGCUAAUUCCCACACUCAUGUGCAGCGGGUCUAAGGACUGUUCUAUUAAAUUGUGGGACCUGUCCAAUCUGACCUACUUACAUACCUUCAAUUUUCACAAAGAAGAAAUAAAUAAUGUUUCCUUCCACGAGAAGGAAAGUAGCAUCCUCCUCUCAACCUCAUCAGACAAAACCCUAAAAAUAUAUGACAUAAGAAAACACACAGUUGGGUUAGACAUACAACUGGACAGUACCCCCGAAUCGACCACUUGGAAUAAAUUCAACGAGAAGGAAAUUUUUUUAUCGGAUGUUGAUGGGUAUGUGAACAAGAUUGACAUACGUUAUGUUGCAGAUCCGUCUUCCAGCUUUUCUCACAACAACACAGUUAGGUUUAAGGCCUUUUCAAAUUCAUGCAUUUCUCUCGUCAGCACGCAUUACCCAAAUUUGACCCUUGCAGGGUCUGAAGACGGUCUCGUGAAAGCCUACGACUUUGGCGCUUUCGGAGAGGAGGGGCCUCCGUGCGUGUACACGAAGAACCUUAAAAAGAACCUGUACUGCAUGAAGGACAACGAAGACUGGCCCAAUGUGAUAUUUUUCGGCUGCGACAAGCUCUACGACUGGGACUUGAUGUCGUGCACGGAGUUACGCCUCUCGAGCCUUGUCCUGUCCAUUUUCCCCAAGCUGAUCAUAAAAAACCCACAAGUGUUAAGGCCGUUGCUAAACGUAAGUUGGGGUUACCUGUUCGGGUCGACGUUCUGGUUGUCCCUCUUCUCUGAAAUUGGUCUGGUUAGGAGCCUGAAGAACAUGAAGAGAAUCCCCGUGCCAGAAACUGCAGAUGAAGCAAAAAAACAGUUAGAAGAAAUAAAAAAGUCAGAAGCAGAUUUUACUAGAAGAAGAGAAGACUUCCAAUACUUUUUUGGUUUCUCUACUCUCUUCUCUGGCAUACUGCUCUUGUCCACCGUGCGAUUGGCAAACCACAACAUGCAACUGAGGAUCAGCUCUACCAUUGUUGCCUUGUCCUGCUUGUUAAAUAAUUUGUACCUACAGAAUAAGGUGCACAGCUUAAAGAUACAAAAGGAAAGCUUAUAUCAUGAUUUCAUUAAGAACCCUAAGAGCGAAAGUAUCCUUGCUGAGAUUAGGAAGAACAAGAAAGACUUCCACAUAUACCAUGGAUUAUCUCUCCUCUCCCUGUACGUUUCCUUCGUCGGCCUGACUCCAUACAUUUUCACUUAA